GAGAACGCAACCGUUAUUGGACUGACCACCGUCAGUCUGGAAGAUCAGCUGCGCUAAGGGCCAGGCGGAGAGAACAGAACGGCCAAGGUGGGAGGAGUGAGUUCUGUUCCAGGAGCGUCCCAGUGAGGCAGGAUUGGUGGAGCAAGGGCCCGCAAAAGCCUCCUCAGUGGCCUCCAGACUCCCAUUCCAAUCCCUUCACCUAGCGGCGCUGAUCUGAAACUUUGAUCUGUUCUUUAUCAUCCAGGUCCCAUCUCGAUGGCUUAUACUAUACUACUGUCCCACUUCCGCACGGGACCCACGCAGGGGCACUGGGCUGGUGCCAGGAGUCCGCUCCCUGCCUCUUCCUGCACUGGGCUAACUUCUUAUCUUUAAAAUUCUUCUGAGAUAUCACCUCCUCCUGGAAGCCCUCCUGGAGCACCUCCGGCCAGAUGGACCAACUGAGGCCCAGAGGUACAGCUACGUGUCUGUGUCCACACCGUAGACCAGCAGAAAGGCCAGGGUAGGGAGCUGGAGAUGGGAUGCUUCCUCUCCUGGGUCUUGACCACCUGAGGGGCACAGUGCCCACCUACACGAUGUGGGUCCUACACGAUGAGGGGCACAGUGCCCACCUACACAGAGCACCUACACGAUAGGGUCAGCAGGCACCAGGUGAAGUGGAUACUCAUAGCUGGGAUGGCGGCGUGAACCUUCAUGGGAGCCGACCCCGACCCCAGCCCCACCCCUGUCGGCAACACCGUGAACUUGUCACUCUUGUACAGCAGACAUCCCACUAGUCCCAGCUCCGUCACUGAUAUGCUGUGUGAUAUCUGCAAGUCUCUGCUCUCUGGGCCUCAGUUUCCCUACCUACAGGAUGGGGAGAGGCACUAAAAAGAUUCCUGAACGCUCUAACAGAAGCAACAAGACAGCAGCGGAGACAGCAGCUGAGACAGUAGCUGAGACGGCAGCGGCAGCUUCACAGAUCACCACAGCAGAUAUAAUCAUGAUGAAAAAGUUUGAAAUAUUAUGAGAAUCACCAAAAUAGGACACAGCCAUUAAGUGAACACGUACUAUUGGAAAAAUGGUGCAGAUAGACUUCCUUGAUAGACAGUCUUCAAUUUGUAAAAAAAACCCACAAGAUCUGCAAAAUACAGUAAAGUCAGGGCCAGAGCCAGUUUUUGGAGGAGACUCAGCACAGGGCAUGGAUCACUGUGGUACUCUUUUCCUGUGCCUGUGCCUUCUGACUUUGCAGAAUGCAACAGCAGAGACACGGAAAGAACUCCUGAGCUACAUGGAGAAUAUGCAAGUGUCCAGAGCCCGGAGCCCGUUUUUUUACCUUCGUCAACUUCACCAGCUGGAGCAGAUGCUACUGAACACCAGCUUCCCGGGCUACAACCUGACCUUGCAGACACCCACCAUCCAGUCUCUGGCCUUCAAGCUGAGCUGCAACUUCUCUGGCCUCUCACUGAGCAGUGCCACUCUGAAGCGGGUGCCCCAGGCCCGGAGUCAACAUGCCCGGGGUCAGUAUGCCUGGGGUCAGCAUGCCAUGCAGUUCCCCGCCGAGCUGACCCAGGACGCCUGCAAGACCCGGCCCGGGGAGCUGCGGCUCAUCUGUAUCUACUUCUCCAAUGCUCACUUUUUCAAGGAUGAAAACAACUCAUCUCUGCUUAAUAACUACGUCCUGGGGGCCCAGCUGAGUCAUGGGCAUGUGAACAACCUCAGGGAUCCGGUGAACAUCAGCUUCUGGCACAACCAAAGCCUGGAAGGCUACACCCUGAGCUGUGUCUUCUGGAAGGAGGGAGCCAGGAGACAGCCCUGGGGCGGCUGGAGCCCUGAGGGCUGUCGUACAGAGCAGCCCUCCCACUCUCAGGUGCUCUGCCGCUGCAACCACCUCACCUACUUUGCUGUUCUCAUGCAAUUCUCCCCGGCCCUGGUCCCUGCAGAGUUGCUGGCACCUCUUACAUACAUCUCCCUCGUGGGCUGCAGCAUCUCCAUCGUGGCCUCGCUGAUCACGGUCCUGUUGCACUUCCAUUCCAGGAAGAAGAGUGACUCUUUAGCACGCAUCCACAUGAACCUGCACGCCUCCGUGCUGCUCCUGAACAUCACCUUCCUGCUGAGCCCCGCAUUUGCCAUGUCUCCUGUGCCCCAGUCAGCGUGCACGGCUCUGGCUGCUGCCCUGCACUACGCGCUGCUCAGCUGCCUCACCUGGAUGGCCAUCGAGGGCUUCAACCUCUACCUCCUGCUCGGGCGCGUCUACAACAUCUACACCCGCAGAUAUGUGCUCAAGCUUGGUGUGCUAGGCUGGGGGGUCCCAGCCCUCCUGGUGCUGCUUUGCCUCUCUGUCAAGAGCUCAGUGUACGGACCCCACACAAUCCCCGUCUUCAACAGCUGGGAGAAUGGCACAGGCUUCCAGAACAUGUCCAUGUGCUGGGUUCGGAGCCCUGUGGUACACAGUGUCCUGGUCAUGGGCUACGGUGGCCUCACGUCCCUUUUCAACCUGGUGGUGCUGGCCUGGGCGCUGUGGACCCUGCGCAGGCUGCGGGUGCGGGUGGACGCACCGAAUGCCAGGGCCUGCCAUGACACUGUCACCGUGCUGGGCCUCACCGUGCUGCUGGGAACCACCUGGGCCUUGGCCUUCUUUUCUUUUGGCGUCUUCCUGCUGCCCCAGCUGUUCCUCUUCACCAUCUUAAACUCGCUCUACGGUUUCUUCCUUUUCCUGUGGUUCUGCUCCCAGCGAUGCCGCUCAGAAGCAGAGGCCAAGGCACAGGUAGAGGCCUUCAGCUCCUCCCAGACAACGCCGUAGUCUGGGCCUCCUGGCCUGGAACCCUCAGCCUCUCUGGCUGCCAGUAGCCUGAGGCCAUGGAUUCCGCUAGAGGGUGGCAGGCUUGCUACUGGACCCCGGAGGCCACUGUGACCCUCAAGGGGCCUUUUCCACUUCCACAGCCUCUCCAGGCACUGAGGGGAAGGUGUUGCUCUACCUCUCCCUGACAUUUUGCUCCAGGGCAGAUCCAACCUCACCUGGGGCAGCAAACUUUGUCCUGGCACCUGGGCCCAGCUGGCCAGGGAUGUGGGCAGAGCACCAGCCUGGGCAUCAGGGAGGCCAAGUUUCAAGACCUGGUUCUGAGUCUGUAUGACCCUGGGCCUGCCACUUCUCACCGACCCUGGGUAUCCACAGCUGUGACAUGGGAGCAAGUAGCUUUGUCCAGCUUGACCCAGGAGCUUAGUAAAGAUUGCAUAAGACCAGGGGGAAGAGUGUCACUAUGGGGUGGGAAUUCCCACAGCCUCCACCUGCUUGCUAGGGGCAGGAUCUCAUCCAAGCUGCCAUGGAAGCACCUGCUCGGCCCUGUCAUCUUCCUCCUGGGGAGGGCCAGACCGCAUCUUGGCUUGGGGCAGGUGGGACCUACCCAGGGUCUGAGACUCUACUGGCCUAUGCCUGAGGGCUCUUUUCCUUUAACUCCCUAAAUUAUGAUGACUCCAAGUCCAAGCCCACCCUUCCCAAAGACUGGGAGGUCAGCCCUUCCCAGAGGCUCCUCCUGCGUACUCCCAAGACUUCUACAGACCAUUUGGACCAGUAGCCCAUCCCACAGAGUUUUCUUGGCAGGCAGAGGAAAACACUUCUUUCUCCUCCUGCUGAAUCAGCUGGACCCCAGUGACCUGGCUAUUUGGUGAUUGGGCAGGAUUGAAUUUGCCCUGGUAGGCGUGAGAGUGUGGGUUUUAAAUCCAAAGCUCAGGCCAUAGUUGCAGAGAAUCACCCUUACCCCGGCCCUGUCAGACCCUGUGGGAGACAGCGCUCAUGAAGCCAGUGCGUUUCCGUGGACGAACACGAGGGGGCGCCGCUGGCCAACACUCAGAGGCCCUUGGUGCCAAGACUGCAUCUGGAAUAGCUCAAACACCUGUUUGCAAACCCCAUGCACCAGCUGGAGGGGCCGUAAUUGCAGGACUGUGCCUGCUGAGUGACCCGCUUCCCUCCAGGAGGAAAAGCAAGACAUGUUUACAUGGCCAUUUAUCUCUUUUCCCAAUGCGCCAUUGCGCUGUCACUUUUGGGGGCUGCACCCCAGAUAUAGCUGGCACCAGAGCAGCGCUGGGGUAGGUGCUCAGGGCCCUGCCCCGGGCCAUCGGGCAGUUUUGAUGACCUUGAAGGUCACAGGCAGAAAAUGGGAGCAGGAUUUCCUCUGGAAAAGUUCUCCUGGGACAUCUUCUGCUCUUCUGUACAUUUCUAGACGCAAGUAACUCCUUCACCAAGCAGUGAGUGUCGCAGGCUCUGGAGCCAGGCUGCUUGGGCUCCAAUGCCAGCUCUGCCACAUGCUAGCUGUGAGACUGUGGACAAGCCACUCAGCCUCUCUGUGCCUCAGUUUUCCUAUUUGUAAAAUAGAGGCAGUGGUACCUAUUUUGAGGACUAAGUAAAAUAAUUCAAAUAAAGAGACUUGGCACAGAGUAAGUGCUCAGUAAA